CUGGGGGCGGGGCGAUAACCGGAAGUCCUACGGUGUCACCUCCGGGGCUUCCUUGCUGCGUCUCGUCGUUGGGCCCCGCCACAAGAUGGCGGACCUGUCUCUGGAUGAGCUCAUACGGAAACGCGGCGUGACGGUGAAGGGGAGACUUAACACAAGGCCAGUGUUUGGAGGUGUAAGAUCUCGCAUUGGGAUCCAGCAAAAUCUUCUAAAUAGAUCAUCGCCAGCUGUCGGCUUCCAGAGGACAUUUGAUGCCCGACAGAAGAUUGGACUCACUGAUGCCCGACACAAACUGGGGGUUAAAGAUGCCCGUGAAAAACUGGUUCAAAAGGACGCUCGGUUCAAAAUCAAAGGGAAGGUGCAGGAUGCUCGAGAGAUGUUGAAUUCCCGUAAGCAGCAAAGUGUUGCUGCCGAAAAGGUGACCAAAGUGGUGGAUGCCAGAGAGAAGAUCAGCUUAAAAAGGAGCGUUCCAGCUGCUAUAAGCCCAGCUGUGGGGACAGUAAAUCUAGCCAUGAAAAUCACCAAAACAAUCCAACAGAAGGCACCAGUUCCUGGACACUCUCAUCCAGCAGGAAUGAGGAUCAAUGUGGUGAACAACCAUACACACAAACAGGGUCUGUAUGACAUGGAAGAUGAUGAUGAGAGUGUGUCUCCCCUUCCUAGCAAACAGAUGAAAAUCACCACCACAAACAGUUUCCUGAACAAUUCGACUGGUGUGAGCGGCAAUAAAUUCUCUCUGUCCAAGACUGUUCCCCUGACUAAAGUGGUCCAAAAUGAUACAUACACAGCUCCACCUGCACCUCCCUCUCCUAUGCGGACGAAGGCCUUGACAAACAUGUCUCGGACUUUAGUGACAAAGGAAGAGCCUCCAAAAGAGCCGGCACCUGUUGAGCUGGCGUUCAGUCCUUUGGAAGGCACAAAGAUGACCGUAAAUAAUCUGCAUCCUCGAGUCACAGAGGAAGACAUUGUUGAGUUAUUCUGUGUGUGUGGCGCUCUGAAGCGAGCCCGGCUGGUGCACCCUGGAGUGGCUGAGGUAGUAUUUGUGAAGAAAGAAGAUGCUAUCGCAGCAUAUAAGAAGUACAACAACAGGUGCUUAGAUGGUCAACCAAUGAAAUGCAAUCUUCAUAUGAAUGGGAAUGUUAUCACCUCAGACCAGUCUAUAUUGCUCCGAUUGAGCGAUACCCCUUCAGUGAAGAAGGAAGGGGAACCACGCCGGUCAAGUGCAAGCACCUCCUCAAAUCCCCCAGCUGAAGUGGACCCUGACACUAUCUUGAAGGCACUCUUCAAAUCCUCAGGGGUCUCUGCCUCUGUGCAGCCCACAGAAUUUAAAAUUAAACUCUGAGAAGCGGGAGCAAGCAGUGGACUGGAAAACUCAUAUAAGUUGGGGGGUGGGGAAAGUGCAGGAGUGCAGAUGUUAUUUGCAUUUGCCUGCCUUGAAAUUUUUUGUUUUCUAUGAUCGCUACUUUACUGUAUGAUAGUGUUUCCUCUUGUGUGUGUACUUUCUGUUUUCAUAGUUGGAGUUUUCUUCCAUUUUUUUUUUUCCCAAAAGAAUAACCUCCCCCUUCUGCCAGUAAUGUAUUACCAAGCAUAUACCAUGUAACUCCAUCCUUUACUCCAAAGCCCCCAGUGGCCAUUAAAAGUGCACAUAGACUUUGA